CAUAAUGAGUUUCAACAUUGUCACUGGUUUCCUUUUAAAAGAAUACCACUGCAUUUUAUCUCCGUUUACAAACAGUGCAACAACAAGGGUGUGGAAAUCAAAAUUGAAACAUGUUGUAUUGUUAUUGGGAGCAUGUGCUUGGACACAGGUCAGAGAAGGCGGAGCAGGUUGUUGGUUUUACAAUGGAAAGUUAACUUUACCGUACAGGAAGUGGGUGAGUCGGGGAGGGGAGAAAUCUGCCUACGUGACUCACUGACUGGACCUGACAGGCAGAGGACAAGCAGUGCAGAAAGGGGAAGAAAGUCCUGAGACGUUUAGCUUCUUGUAGAUCUAGGAAGUGGCAUCACUAAAGAGGAUAUUGCUCGCAAUGUGAUAGCAACUGCUUUGAAGACAUUGUUUUGUUCUGGGCCAUAAAUCUACCUGCACAGUGAAUUGCGCUGUACCUUAACCUCUGAGAAAGUGAAGUGGAGGAGCUCUGGCUCGACUGCGUUUUUUGUCUUAAUUUUGGAGAGGUGGUGUUGUUAUUCUUGCUGCAGUGGCACCCCUGCUGCACAAGUGCAGAGGAAAUGGCAGACUGUUGCUGAGGUCAUGGACAAAUUCCUCUCUCUGUGUUCUCUGUCUACAUCAGUAGGUGUUAUGGAUCGACAGUAUUUCCUGAGCUGGAAAGUUGCCCUGCUGCUUCUCCACUUGAUGCCAUGUGGGCUCCAGUGUAUGUCAGUGCACAUCCUCAAUAAGGAGCCUGUGCAUGUAAUGCCAGACUCCAGUCUGGUGCUGAAAGCUCGGAUCGAGCAGGGACCCCUGGAAGAGGUCUCUGUGGUAACGUGGGAGAGGGAGCCCGAAACUGGACUCUCCACCGAGAGAGUGACACUGGCCACGUGCACUGGCAGAAGCCAGAAGUGUGCUGGUACGAGUCCAAAUGUCCACGUGAACGUGGCGCAGCAGGAGACGGCACUUCAGAUUAAUGGAUACAGCGGAGUGGACGGCGCCGUGUACACUGUGACUGUGACGGAUCACAAAGGGGCCAAGACCAGUGCACAAUGCAUCGUCAGGACAUAUGAGGCAGUGCACCACGUCUCAGUCAGCAUCAACGUGUCCCACUCCAUGCUGGUUUGUGGCGAGGCCUGGGGGACAGACCCCCACUUCAGCUGGCUCCAUGAAAGAGUCGCCAUCACAGAGACUGUGGGAAGAGUCUCCAAAGAUGGAACGACAUUGUUUGUGACCAAGACUCCCAUCUGUGGCCACUUCACCUGCAUGGUCAGCAACAAGCUAGGUCACAGUUCGGCCACCUACACUGCAGCACCGUGUGAGACAGAGGGCAGAGGGACAACUGCGGCUGUAGUGUGUUCCCUCCUCCUGCUGCUGUUUGGAGGAGUGCUGGUAUAUCUGCUGUGGAGGCGACACAGAUAUAGUAACAAAGGAGAGAGGCUGCACGAACAUUUGGAUGACACCAUCUAAACGGGGAAAAAAAGGUCCAAGAUACACUUCUGUUAAUCAGAGAGGAGAACAGGAAAUUGACUGGACUUGUGAGGCUGGAACUUCCUGUCCUGUGAGCAGUAUGACCUUACACUGCAUUGGAACAAUGUGGCCAGUGAACUGCUCACUGGCAAAUAAAUUGAUAUUCAGCUUGAAGUGCCAGCAAUGUCUUUACACUGCCUCCUGUUGGGCUGCACCUGACACUGUAUUUCAUAAAGUAAUUAUCUUGUAUCAGCUGUGCAUUGUAUAGAAAUGUACCAUCAAAUGUUACCUUCAUAAUAAAAUCCCUUCGACGAAUGUG